AUAAAUUUUAUUUAGAGAAAGAGCAAAAGCAUAAAUAGCAUCGAGAGAGAGAGACACUGUUCUCUCAUUCAUUCGCAAAUUCGUUGACCAUUAGUAUUUGAUAGAAGCAAGCGAUGAUGAAUCUUAGGGUUUUGUUCCUCGCUCUCCUUCUCCUUGCAUCUCCUCUGCUUCAAGUUGCUAGAUGUCAAUCGGAUGCCGAGGAUCACUCCAGUCUUGUUGAUGAUGUUGUUGGAGAAAACAGUGAUGAUGCGGUUGAGGAAGAUGACCACGAUUUGGAUAUGAACUUGUCCUCAUUUCCAGGAGUUGAGACUGUUUGUGUUUUCCCCAAAAACAGUGCCAAAUUGGUUCCAGCUGGAGAAGAGACUGAGCUCCUUGUUGGUCUUAAAAAUGAGGGGAAAACUAGCGUAGGUGUGAUGGGAAUUAGGGCCAGCGUUCAUCUUCCUUAUGAUCAUAAGUUGUUGGUUCAGAAUCUAACCAUGUUGAGAUUCAACAAUGCAUCCAUCCCAACGUCUCUUCAAGCAACAUUCCCGUACAUCUUUGCAGUCAGCCAGUACCUGCAGCCUGGAGCAUUUGAUCUGGUGGGUUAUAUCAUCUAUGACGUGGAAGGAAAGCCAUACCAGAGUGUCUUCUACAAUGGAACCAUAGAGGUAGUUGAAUCUGGAGGUCUUCUCAGCGGCGAAUCUGUUUUCCUUAUAACACUAGGAAUCGGUCUCCUCCUCCUCCUCGGUCUAUGGGCAUACAGCCAAGUUCAGCGUCUCACCAAGAAAACCAAAAAGGUUUCCAAGGUGGAAGUAGGAACCAGGUCUACCGAUGCAUCACUCGAUGAAUGGCUCGAGGGGACUACUUUAGCCAAGACAUUGUCUGGGAAAUCGAAGAACAAGAAGAACUAAAAGAGAUGUUUUGCUCCUUCCAGUUGUUAUAGACUCAGCUUCGGCGUUUUGAAAGAGUUUCCAAGUUUAAGUUCAGUCUUGAGGAAAUUUAGGGUUUUAAACGUCACUUUUUUUUUUGGUUCCAGCAUUGUACUCUUUAGACAAUCUUUACUUCUUGUCAUAAAUAUUCUCCUCAUGAAACCACUUAACUUAUAAAUGGUUUAGAUCUUCCGUUUUGUGUUGUUAA